CCGCCAGGGGUCUUGCGACGCUCUGAUGAAGCUUUCCACUUUUUUUUUUCUUGUGUAAUUCUGCCGCCCCAUGUGCCGUCCAGACGAGGGAGGCGUGCGUGGUAAUUAUCGGCAAAGCGCCCUCGAAGCCGGCGGCCCUUGAAACACGCAACGAAACCGCCUGACAAGCUUCUGUCACAUUGCCCACCUCGAGCCGUUUCCCUCUUCGUGUCGGGCAUGGGCAAAGGGGCAGCAGCCCGCUGGACGCUGGUUGCGUCACGGGCGGCCAGCGUGCACAAGUUCUUAAACCGGCUCGUCCUCAGCAACAACCGCGUCGGCCGGGUUCUGCAAUUGUCGCUCUUCCUGACCAAGGGUUUGGUGGCCCGGACUACCGCUCGCGUUGCCGCAUCCACAUCCACGAGGACUGCUGGUCCCGGUCGUAUUAAUUCUAAUAAUACCGUUAACGGAAUCGUGCCUGCUACACACACGCCGCAGGGGGCCGUUCUCGCGCACCUAGCCCGGCUGCCCUGUCUCGAUCUCCCACGGUGGAUAUACAGUCUCGCUUUCCUCGCCCGGCUGUCCUUCUUCCAGUUUCCUUUCCCCCUCCCGGCCCUCCUCGCACCUGCAAUGGCGUCGUAUGCGUCCAGCAGCACUUCCGACAUAUCAACACCUCGGUCGGUCUCUCCGUCUUCGGUAGCGUCAGCGCGCUCGUCGCAAUCAUCUAUAUCUAGCUCCAAGCGCAUGUCAAUAUCGUCGUCGAGACGCAUCUCAGCUGCCAAUCCCAUGUCGUCAGUCGACAUCGCCACCAUCGAAGAGGCCAUGAGGCUGGCCAACCUCGACACGCUUCGGGGCUACGCCCAGAACCACUACGCCGAGGUGCACCAGUAUGCCACCACCGAGUACAUCAGUCAGUCGCAGGCCCUGGGCUACCAGAUCCUGAACGAGCCCAUGUGGAAUAAGGGCUUGUCGUUCACGCCGGAGCAGCGCAUCGCCAAGAACUUGACCGGUCUCAUUCCGCACGUCAUGGAGGACGGCGCCAAGCAGUGCGAGCGCGCUCUCAAAAUGAUCCGCUCGCGGCAGACAAACAUCGACAAGUACCUGUACCUGUCGUCGGUGAAGAGCCAAAAUGUCGACCUGUUCUACCGCUUGCUCAUCGACAACGCCAAAGAGCUGAUGCCCCUCGUGUACACGCCCACCAUUGGUGAUGUCUGUCUGCAGUACUCGACCCUGUACACCCGCCCGGAGGCUCUCUACAUCUCCAUCAAGCAGCGGAAGUCCAUCAAGACGAUUCUCAAGAAUUGGCCGUACCCCAACCCUCAGAUUUGCGUCGUGACGGACGGCUCGCGCAUUCUGGGCCUGGGCGACCUCGGCUUCAACGGUGUUGGAAUUCCGAUUGGCAAGCUAGCCCUGUACACAGCAGCUGCCGGUAUCCACCCGGACAAGACGCUUCCCAUCGUGCUCGACUGCGGCACGUCCAAUGAGGCGAACCUCAAGGACCCGCUGUACCUCGGCCUGCGCGCUAAGCGCGUCUCGGUUGCCGAGCAGCAGGACUUCAUGGACGAGUUCAUGCAGGCCGCUGCCGAGGUCUACCCGGAAAUGGUUGUGCAGUUCGAGGAUUUCGAAAGCGAAAAGGCGUUCAACUAUCUCGAUCGCUACCGCAACACUUACAAGUGCUUCAAUGACGACAUCCAGGGUACCGGCGCCGUCGUCCUGGCCGGCUACAUUGGCGCCGUGAACCUCUCCGGUGUCCCGAUCGAGGAGCAGCGGCUCGUCUUCAUGGGCGCUGGCUCCGCCGGCGUUGGCGUCGCGAAGCAACUGGUCGAGUACUACACAAAGCGCGGCCUGUCAGAACAGGCCGCCAAGGACAAGUUCUGGCUUGUUGACACCAAGGGCCUCGUGACCAAGGACCGUGGCGAUAAACUCGCCGAGCACAAGAAAUACUUUGCGCGGUCCGACAACAAUGGCCACCAGUUCCGCACCCUCGAGGAGGUCAUCGAGUAUGUCAAGCCGACCGCCCUGGUCGGUCUGACGGCGACCCACGGCGUCUUCACCGAGUCCGUCGUCCGCGCCCUCAAAGCGUCGGUCGACGCUGGGGGUCUCGGCCGCAGGCCCAUUCUGUUCCCUCUGAGCAACCCGCUCAGCAAAGCCGAGUGCACAUUCGAGCAGGCCGUGGCGUGGACCGACGGCACUGUCAUUUUCGCCUCGGGGUCGCCGUUCUCGCAGUUCACUGUUAAGUCUGGUGACCACGCCGUGACGUACUACCCGAACCAGGGCAACAACGUCUACGUCUUCCCCGGCAUUGGUCUCGGCGCCAUCCUGGCCAAGGCCAGCCGCGUGACGGACAACAUGAUCUACACGUCGGCUGCCGCCCUGGCCGGCUCGCUCAACGCCGAGGAGAUCCAUAAAGGCCUUAUCUACCCGCGGAUUGAGCGCGUGCGCGACGCCAGCCUCAUCGUCGCCCGCGAGGUCAUGAAGGCCGCGCGGCGCGACGGCGUGAGCCAGCUCCCCGAGGAGCAAUGGCUCGAGUGGGAGGAGUGGGGGGACCCGGCCCUCGACAAGUACAUCAAAGCUCGGAUCUACAAUCCUGAGCUCUGAGUAUGAGGCUUGAUCCAUUGCUUGUCUGCGUCUCUCAGCGAUUGUUUCUGCGUCUAUUUUUGACGCAAUACCAGCGAGGCUUUUGUCGUUGGCCAGCUGGCCGCUUUUCGUCUUUUCUUCGCUGAUGAUUCCCCCAAGCUUUUGGCUGCUCACUUUUUUCUUUAAGUUUGGA